AUGACGAAUGAGAGGAGAGGAAGGCAAAGGAAGAACAGUCGGCUAAAAUUGCUGGCGGUGGCGGCGGUUGGUGAGGGAUAUCGCCGGUGGAAGAAGGCUAGCAGCGGAUUUGGUGUUGGAGCGAAGACGCAGCUUGGAGUUGGCGAGGUGGCCAAUGAGUUAGCUUUACCCCCAAAUUUUACUGUUGUUCAUCCAGUUUUCCAUGUCUCCAUGUUGCUAAAGUAUAUUUCAGAUCUGUCUUAUGUGUUUAAAUGGGACUCAGUCCAGUUAGAUGAGCAGUUGGCCUUUGUGAAGGGGCCCGUCCUUAUUUUGGCAAGUGAUAUAAAGCAGUUGCGUACUAGAGAGAUUCCUGUAGUUAAGGAUUAG